UCACGAACAACAACGAACAAUGUCGGCAAGCGUAGGACCCGAUUGUACCGAACUGAAGCAGAAGUACGACUCGUGCUUCAACGACUGGUAUGCGAACAAGUUCUUGAAGGGAGUUGCGACAGUGAAUGAGUGCGAGGACACGUUCGUUGACUAUAAAGCCUGUGUUAUGGUAACCUUGAAGGAGAAGAAAAUUGACGUUAUGCUCGAUGAGGCCCGGAAAGAGGCGCCGUUCGAGAAGGGUGGCAAGUUCAACUCUGGCAUGUAG